AUGUCGACUACAACAUCAUCACAACGUAAUAUUAAAUCAAGAUUACCAACUAGUAAUAGUAUAAAUAAUAUGGCAACAAACGGAAAUGAAGCCAAAUCUAACCGAGUAGGUUUAAAAAAACCAUUAAGUGCAACAAACAUAUUACAGAAUUAUUCAUCACCAAAUGCAGUUAAUAAUCGUUCGAAAAAAUCUCCAGUAUUAUCAAACAAUUUUCACCAACCUAAACCGAUAAAAACGAUCCAUAUUGAUAAAAUAAAUAAUAUUAGUACUGACAAUUCUCAUCAUCAACAAAAUGGACAUCAAUCAAAUAAACAAUCCUCUCAGAGAAUAUCACACGCACCGGCACAGCCAUACUUUUUCCAUGCUAUUGCACCAGCUCCAAUAUCAAAGGAUGGUGAUAAUCAACAGGUAUUUUCUUUGAUCUAA